UCGGCAAAUACACUGUACAUUGUGACAGUAGGCCUUUGCAUUUUGUGUGCAUUUAGCUUGGAGUAUGUGUCACGUACACAAUCAAGGACUCAACCACAGAUGUCAAAGACUCAAGCUAGUAACCGACCAAUGACAUCUUCGAAGCCUGGUGAAACAAGGUGUCAAAGACUCAAGCUAGUAACCGACCAAUGUCAUCUUCGAAGCCUGGUGAAACAAGGUGUCAAAGACUCAAGCUAGUAACCGACCAAUGUCAUCUUCGAAGCCUGGUGAAACAAGGAAAACGAAACGGCUAGAAAACGUACUCUUUGAUGACUGGUUUAUCUACCGGAUAUAAGGCCUCAGGAAAGUCGACAGGAUGUAUGGUGACUCUGAGGAUCUGAUACUUGACCAGGAAUUUGAUGAGGACUAUGACCCAACACGCAAAGAGAUUCAUGACUAUGCCAAGAUCUUGGGGAUAGACCCAGAGAAGGAGCCGGAGUUGGUAUGGAUCGCGAAGGAAGGUUUCUCAGCGGUGCUACCCAAGGAAUGGAGAGCGUGCUUCCGUAAGAAAAAGGGCGAGAUAUUCUACGUGAACUUGGUAACGGGGGAGAAGACCUUAGAUGACCCAUCUGAUGAGGAGUUCAGGACGAAAGUCAGGCAGGAGAGGCUUAGGGUUAUCAGGCUCAAGGCUAAUGAGAAACGACGACGACAGCCUCCACCGAAGUUGCAGUUUGUUGAGAUGCAUGUUACAAGUACGACCAACGACCAUGGAGAAACCGUCCUCACUAAAACCACGACAAAGGGGCUUCUGGACGGCUCUUCACAUUACAAUUACCAGACGGUUAUAGGACAAGGCCAGGCCACAGACGAGUCCACGCUGACAGCAUCCACCAGCCUGAGCAAGUGCCAAAGUUACAGCGCAGACUUGUCAAACACGGAAUCAACUAGACCAAUUCAAAAUACGGUGACAAAGCGGAGUGGCCGAUACGUGCGGCUGGAUGACGAGGAUGAUAUGACAACGAUAGAGCCAGCUGAUGACGAGACUCAUGUGAGCUACAUGAUGCGAAGUCUCUCCGCCAAGGGCGAGGAGCGAAUCAUCUGGAAGAAGGGCGCCUUACUAGGGAAGGGCGCUUGCAGUAAGGUAUGGAAGGGCCUGACGAGUACGGGAGAACUUGUAGCCGUCAAACAGAUUGAGCUAGUGGAUGGAAGGAAGGAGGAAUUGGACGUGCAAUGCAGGGAUAUAAUCAAGGAGGUUGGACUGCUGAAGACUUUAGAGCAUCCUAAUAUUGUCCGAUUUCUCGGCGCUAGUUUCGAGGAUGAGAUCCACGCCUGUAUCUUCAUGGAGUUUGCCCCUGGCGGAUCAAUACAGAACCUCAUCAAGACAUUCGGCCCUUUCGAGGUGAUCGUCAUUGCUAAGUAUACUAAGCAGAUCGUGGAAGGGGUUCGUUACAUCCACAACAAGGGCGUCGUACACAGGGACGUUAAGGGACAAAACAUCGUUGUCACCAAUGACGGUAUUAUCAAGCUGGUGGACUUUGGUUGUGCCAAGCGCCAUACUCUGACGAUAGCGCCAUCGCUCUCUACGAAGCCAUCUGUCUUCAAAUCAGUUGUCGGAACUCCUCACUGGAUGGCGCCAGAGGUGGUGACGGAAUCUGGCCAUGGCAGGAAGUCAGAUAUAUGGAGUAUUGGCUGUACGAUAUUUGAGAUGGCGACCGGAAAUCCACCCUGGGCAGAAAUGGAAGCCAUUGCCGCCAUCUUUGCCAUCGGUAGCGGAAAGGAGAUACCGGAACUAUCCGGUAACAUAAGUGAUGCAUGUCGGGACUUUACAAAAAGCUGCAUGAUAAGGGACCCCUGUCAGCGACCUUCAGCUGAGGAACUUCAAGACUACCCAUUCAUUCGAAAUGUGAAGGAAAAGCGCUUGAUUCGCAGUUCAACCUAUGUAAAGACGACUGAGAGUGACGCUUGACGAUGGCCGCCCACAAUCUCCUCACCAUUGGAAACGGUUGCUAAGUGACACUUGCACCGUGUACGAGCAUACAUUUGGUCUCUUCCGGUUUAGGAGGGGCAAAUGAAGGGCAGUCCUCUCAUUUAGGGAUUCGGGCGCCCUCCGACACACAGAUAUAACACCUCUGUUCAUUUCAAACGUUAUAUAUCUCUGUCGAAUUAUACGACCCCGUUCCUACAAACAAUGGCGGUCUCCCGUGGUGGCGGCCAUGUUGAAUAGUGGACUAUACUGUCUCUGACCCUAGGUCAAUCGAUUUGCAUGGCGUGCGCAUAAAAAUAGUUCCCAAAGUGUUAUUGGUUUUAUUAUGACGUCACAAAUACCUUUCGGGUGUGUGAAGAACGAUCACGUGAGAUGAAAUAUACCAAGUAAAAAAUUAAUAAAUUAACGUCGAAAUUUAAUUGAGUAGGCCACGGCCGGCGGCGGACUACCCUCAAUUUCACCAGCCACAUAGGAUUCUGGAGAGUCUAUUGCGGUCCGUAGCUGGCAUAUCAAUUUAAGGCACCAGUGUCGACAGGGCAACAGCAUGAACUUUCAACAGACGCUUCAAACAAAUGUCUAACACUGCCACUGAGCAAAUGAUGUAGAUACACCAUGACAUGUACACUCACUUUAUUCAUUAAUAAAUUUUACUUAAUUUAUUUUCGAAA